AUGAUUUGGAGCAGACUUUCGUUGGUUAAUUUGCUGGUGUUGGGCUUGGUGUUGUGGUGUGUGAAUGCGGCGGUUUAUCAGAUCCCCUUGACGAAACACACCAGCCCUCGUAUCAGGAUGAUCCGCGAGGGCACAUGGGCAGAGUAUCGCCAAAAGUUGGAAAUAAUGCGAUCGAGUGGACGUUAUCAACCUUCGAGAAAACUAGAUAUCGUUGGGCAGAUUGUGUACGACUAUGGUGACUUCGAGUAUUUGGGCAAGAUCACGAUCGGCACCCCACAGCAAGCGUUUAGCGUUGUCCUCGAUACAGGAUCCUCAAAUUUAUGGGUACCUGAUUCCAUGUGCGGAGUAACCGUGGGCAAGUCAUGCAGUAGUGUAUGCAUUGCACAAGGAUCGUUGUGUCCGCUGGUGUGUGAAGAGCGCUGUUGUUCGAUAUGGUCGAAAAUUUGCGCUCAGAAGCAUCGCUUUUCGUCGUCCUCAUCAAGCACCUACAAAGCGAACGGUGCAAAAUGGCAUAUUCAAUACGGUAGUGGUUCGUCGUCAGGCUUCUUGGGUGAAGACACUGUUCGAGUAAGUGUUUUGCCCACUGCCCUGAUUGAUUUGUUCUGA